AUGUCCCAACCCCUCAUCUUUAUCACUGGCGCAACCGGCUUCAUUGGUUCCCAUGUCGUGUCCCAAGCACUGGAAGCAGACUACCGUGUCCGCUUGAGCGUGCGGAAGGAGUCGCAGGCCAGCAAGCUGAAGCAGCUCUUCGAAAAGCAUGCAGCGAAGCUUGACUUCGUUGUCAUCCCAGACUUGGCCAAGCCAGGGGCUUUCAAUCAGACACUCCGGGACACCGACUACGUCUUCCAUAUUGCUUCACCAAUGCCUGGCAGGGGCAACGACUUCAAGACAGACUACCUUGCUCCAGCAGAGCAGGGUACGAUUGCCCUUCUGGAUACUGCAAAGUCUAUACCCACAAUCAAGCGCAUCGUCAUAGUGUCCUCAAUACUUGCCCUUGUUCCUUUAGACGUAUGGGUCACAGGGAACUUCAAUGUCAAAGAAGGAUCAAACGCAUCCAUCCCUGUCGACCGCGACAUGGAGUUUCCCCAAGACCCCCAGGCGAGCGCGGGAUUGAAAUAUCAAGCGUCCAAAAUCCUCGCCCACCGCUCCGUUCUCGAGUGGGCGCCGAAAAACAAACCAGGCUUCACCAUUGUAACCCUCCACCCGUCAUUCGUCUUCGGUCGCAACCUCAACCAGACCUCUGAAGAUGGAAUUGACGGUUCGAACGCUAUGCUCUGGAACUCAUUGUUCUCAGAGAAGCCUGCCGUCCCUCUGGUGGCUGUCGAUGUUCGGGACGUCGCUCUGGCCCAUUUGAGAGCUCUCAAUGUGGACUUUAAGGAACAGACCGCUGUGCAAGAGUUUGUGCUCAGCGCCCCCGAGCCUGUAAGGUGGGAUUGGGAACAUGUGGUCGAGUUUGGGAGGGAGAAAUACCCGCAGCUCAACAUAAAGUUGAAGGGUCCAUUCGACAAACCAGCAAAGCCAGGGGCCAAUCGUGCUACUGAAUUGCUCGGUAUCCAGUGGAGGAGCAUGGAAGACACUGUUGCAAACUUUUUAGAUCAUCAACUGGAGUUGAAGGCGCAGUUGUAG